UAUGCCACCCAAACAGAAGGUUCCUCUCGAUAGGAUCGCAUGGCAGUGGGCAGAGAGUGUGGACCUUUCAAAUCUCACAGCGGAACAUAUCCGGACAGCGUAUCGACUCAAUCUGUCAGCUUGUGAGCGAGGCUCAUGCAAGCGGAAUUGCAAAGGAAACCCAUUUUGCCUACACAGUCUCGGAGAAAAGAAAUGGCUGGCACCCGUCGAUGAAACCAAGUUACAAACGUUUGAUCCUGAUAGAGUUCGAAGACAAAAG